GUAAUCGUUUCGCUCUUGGCUGUUUCAGGAUUCUAGCCUAAAGAGAGUUUGUAAUUUGUAGAGCUAUAGCUGUGGGACGGCUGUAGUGAAGUGUGGUGAAUUUCUCGUUUCGAUUUGUUUCUUCAUCAACACACUCGCUUUUAGGUUUGUAGACCUACUGUGUAGUAGGGGAGGUAGAGGAGAAUGUCAUCCGCUAAGGACGAGUCUGAUAAUGGAGUUUUCUUGGAGGUUUGGCGCUCAAACGUUGAAGAUGCGUUUGAUUGCAUCAUCAAACUCGUGGAAGAUUACCCGUAUAUUGCUAUGGAUACUGAAUUUCCGGGAGUAGUGGCACGACCAAUUGGAGAAUUUCGCAGUUCAUCAGACUAUCAAUAUCAAUUGUUGAGAUGUAAUGUGGACUUGCUGAAAAUCAUUCAAUUGGGAUUGACUUUCUACGACAAAGAUGGCCAGAAGGCUCCAAAUCCAGCUUCAUUUCAGUUCAAUUUCAAGUUUAGUUUGAGUGAAGAUAUGUAUGCACAGGACUCAAUCGAGCUACUAAAAGAUUCAGGAAUCAAGUUUGAUAGAGAUGAAGAAGAAGGAAUUGAUCCAGAGGACUUUGCUGAGCUCCUUAUGUCAUCAGGUGUUGUCUUAUGUGACAACAUUAAAUUUAUCUCGUUUCACAGUGGCUACGAUUUUGGGUAUCUGCUCAAAAUGCUAACAAAUACCAACUUGCCUGCUGAGGAAGCAGAGUUUUUUGAGUUACUAAAUGUGUACUUUCCCUGCAUCUAUGACAUCAAAUAUCUUAUGAAAAGCUGCAAAAAUUUAAAAGGAGGUCUUCAAGAAGUUGCAGAGUGCCUUGAACUGGAGAGAAUCGGGCCACAGCAUCAAGCAGGAAGUGACAGCCUGUUGACCGGAGCCGCUUUCUUUAAAAUGAAACAAAUGUUUUUUGAAGAUCAUAUUGAUGAUGCUAAAUACAAGGGACAUCUUUAUGGAUUGGGCAAUGCUUUCGUUAACGGGCUAGGACUAGGAGCGCAGCUAGAUGAGUAGUUUGAACUGAUGUUGUAAUAAUUGCAGGUUAUAUAUUGCACUGAUCUGCA